AACAUAAAUAUGUCUAAUCAAAAAUGGUCUGAAGGUUUAUCUAAUGAACGGCUUACAGUGUUGAUGGCUCCAUUUAAAAAUCGGGAAGUAAAUGAAGUAAACUAUGACAAUAAAAUGAAGUUCUGGAAAAAUACCAUUAUAGCUGAGUGUGAACGUCGAUAUCGAUGUUCAUUUUCUAUAGAUGAAUUAAAAACAUGGUUUUUGUUCAAAGGACGAUCACCGUUGUGUCUACUAAUUGUUGUGGAGAAUAUGUUAAGAGAAGGAAUUAUCAAAUUAAAAUCAAAUUUCGAACAAAUGACAUUUCAAAAUAACAGUAAUUGGUCAACUUGGGCAGUAAAUACAUUAGUUAAAAGUCCAUUAUCGUGGUCAAUUGGCAGAAUAAAAGAAUCAAUUAUAUCACCUACUUCUGUUAUUGAUGAAAAAUCUGAAUAUGUAAUUUUACAGCUAAAUGAGGAUCAAGCAAAUGAACUAUUUAAUGCAAUAUCCUUAAAUGAACAGACACAAAUAAUGUUUAUGGAUGAUUUACAAAAACGCUUACAUAAUAUGUGGAAUCAUGAAGUUUCAAUGAGUUCUACUGAAUUAAUUAUACAUUCAUUGGAAAUUCGUAAUAAAGCUUUUGUUGAGCAUGAUGAACAUCUUGUAGCAAAUAAAACAUUAGUUAAGAUUGCUAGUUGUGGGAAAGAUGUUGAGCCUAUAUCAGAAUUAGAAAAAAACUUUUUUAAAUUAAAACAAACCGAAAAAAUAUUGAUUGGUGAAAUUAGCAUUAUGGAUGAGGAAAAAGAAUCUCUAGUUAAAGUAGCUAAAGAUUACAUUGCCAAAAAUAUGAAGCCUAUAGCACUUACAUACCUUCGUAAAAAGAAAGAAAUUGAAAAACGAAUAGAAAAACAAUUGAAAGCUCUUGAUAAUGUGCAAGCUUUGAUUUCAAGAAUAGAAGAAUCCAAGUAUAAUACUGAAGUAUUACAAUCAUAUACUCAUGGACUUGCUGCCUUAAAAUUAACUGCUAAAGAUACAGGUCUGACAAUUGACAAUGUUGAUGAAACAAUGGCAGAAUUAGCAGAAGUAAUACAUGAACAUGAAGAUAUGCAAUCAGCACUAGGCAGUGUAGUUAAUGUCAAGCAUAACGAACAAGAAUUAGAAGAUGAACUGGCCGAUCUUUUAAGUAAAGACAAUCCAGCCGUAUCAAUCCCAAGAAGCCAUAACAUUCCAGAUCUUCCAAGUGUACCAGAUAAUAGUUUAGAAGGUGAAGAAUUAGAUCUUGAUCAAAGGUUCCAAUUGUUGAGAGAACAUUAAAUCAGCCAUACAAAAUUCAACGUAUUACAUGUCUGUUAUAAUCUUUAUAAUAAUGAAAUUAUGAUUGCUCAAAUGUUAUUGGUUUUCUAAUUAACAUUAUGGUAAUACUUUUUUUUCAUUUCAUUGAUAAAUAUAUUUUUGUUUUUUA